AUUAGCGGAAGUUAACUGUUUUUGCUUCCGCCUGUGAGAACACAGCGAAAAUGGCGAGUGGAGGAUCUGUUGUGGCUUCACUGUGGACCGAAGUGAACCGCUGUGGACAAAACGGAGACUACACCAGAGCGCUCAAAGCUUUGAAUAAAAUUUUGCACGAAGCCAGAGACGAUGUGACGGCUCUUCACUGUAAAGUUGUUUGCCUUAUUCAGAAUGGCAGCUUCAAAGAAGCAUUGAAUGUUAUGAACACGCAUUCUAAAGUGCUUAACAGUGAGGUUGUGUUUGAGAAGGCGUACUGUGAAUACCGACUGAACAGAGUGGAAAGUGCUCUGAAGACCAUUGAAAGCGCUCCCAAGCAAACAGACAAAAUAAAGGAACUUUAUGGUCAAGUGCUGUACAGAUUGGAACGCUACAAUGAGUGUAAGACUGUCUACACAGAUCUGAUCAGGAAUUCUCAGGAUGAGUACGAAGAGGAGAGGAAGACCAACCUCUCUGCUGUGGUGGCUGCAAUGAGUCAGUGGGAGAACAGCUCCUUGGAGGAUCUUGGUCUUCCUGAGUCGACCUACGAGCUGUGCUACAAUGCUGCCUGCACUCUGAUUGGCCAAGGACAGCUGACAGAGGCUCUCAGUAAAGUACAGCAAGCAGAAGAACUUUGUAGAGUUUCAUUGGCAGAUGAUUCCGAUGUAACUGAGGAAGACAUUGAGUCAGAACUUGCUGUUAUCCAUUCUCAAAUGGCUUACAUUAUGCAGUUACAAGGUCGGAUAGAGGAGGCGCUACAACUCUAUAACCAGGUCAUCAAGCUCAAGCCAACAGAUGUGGGGCUGCUCGCUGUGACAGCCAACAACAUCAUUACCAUAAACAAGGACCAAAAUGUGUUUGACUCGAAGAAAAAAGUGAAGCUGACUAAUGCUGAGGGUGUUGAAUACAAGCUGGCGAAGAAGCAGCUUCAGGCCAUCGAGUUUAACAAAGCCCUGCUGGCCAUGCACACUAACCAGGCUGAACAGUGCAGGAAACUGUCCUCCAGUCUUCAGUCCCAGAACCCGGGUCACCCACAGCCAGUCUUGAUCCAGGUUGCUCAGUUGUGUCGGGAGAAGCAGCACAGCAAGGCAAUCGAGCUGCUCCAGCAAUUCUCAGAUCAGCAUCCAGAGAGUGCGUCUGGCAUCAAGCUGACAAUGGCACAACUGUAUUUAGUACAAGCUCAUGUUACAAAAGCCUGUGAUAUUCUGAGGUCCAUAGACGAAUUCACGUACAAACCAGGAAUGGUAUCAGCUCUUGUCACGAUGUACUCCCACGAAGAAGACAUAGACAGCGCAAUAGAUGUUUUCAGCCAGGCCAUUCUGCACUACCAGAGUGAACAGCCUGGAUCCACUUUACACUUGGCUCUCGUACGAGAAGCUGCCAAUUACAAAUUGAAGCACGGGCGGAAAAAAGAAGCCAUCAGUGACCUGGAGCAGCUGUGGAAACAAAACACCAAUGAUGUUCACACACUGGCAAAACUCAUCUCUGCGUACUCUCUGGUGGACACGGAUAAAGCCAAAUCAUUAAGCAAACACCUCCCAUCUCCAGACACCAUGUCCUUCAACGUGGACGUGGAUGAGCUGGAGAACUCUCAUGGAGCCACAUUUGUUAGGAAGAAGGCUGCAAAAGUCACAGGAGAAAACCUUCCCAAAGAGCAAAGCAAAGGAGAGAUCAAAAAGAAGAAGAAGAAAAAGAAAGGCAAACUACCCAAGAACUAUGACCCUAAAGUGGCCCCUGACCCCGAGAGGUGGCUGCCCAUGAGGGAGCGUUCAUACUACAGAGGAAAGAAGAAAGGAAAGAAGAAGGAGCAAAUAGGCAAAGGCACACAGGGAGCGAUGGCGGGAGCAUCGGCUGAGCUGGAUGCGAGUAAGACAGCCAGUAGUCCCCCGACCUCCCCGAGACCGGGUUCUGCGUCCGGCUCAUCCUCAGCCGCUGCCAGUAACGUGGUUCCUCCACGGCAGCAGAAACCUGCAACAUCGGGGGGCACUCGCAAGAAAACAAUACAGAAGAAGAAGAAGGGGGGCAAAGGAGGCUGGUAGUCAAACAAAGACCACAAGGACAAAGAAUGACCUGUUUGUCCCCCCCCCCAUUUGUAAUUCUUUUUAUAGGACAAAAGAGGAGGUGGUCCCCAGCUUUCAUCAGACCGGCUAUUUAAAAGGACAAUUCUACCAAAAUAAAUGGUUCCUGAAGUGCAUUUGAUUUACUUUAAGGUCACAGUAAAAUGAACCUAAGAAAA